AAAGAUUUCGACACUGUGAAGCGUCUCCCUGAAGAGUAGGAGAAGUUCAAGUUGGUAGGCGGAGAAAAUGGGUUCUAAGGUAGCACUCAGGGUCCAGGGCCAACUUCUGUCAAUUUUACAGAAGGGAAAAUUUGGUCAGCCAAUGGUAUGUGCCUUCCACACCUCUGCAGUGACAUCAAAACAUGGGAAGAUACCAACUCUAAAGAAAGAUCUCAUCAACCAUUCUAGGGUCAGGGGGAUUGAUAUUAUUCGAACUCCCAAACUGAACAAGGGUCAAGCAUUCACCUUAGAAGAGCGACAGUUGAUGGGAAUACAUGGCUUGAUCCCAGCAGCCAUCAUCUCUCAGGACCAACAGAUGGAGCGAGUAAUGGUCAACUUCCGCUCUCGUGCCACGGACGUGGACCGCUACAUCUUUCUCAAUGCCCUGGCUGAGCGAAACGAGAGGCUGUUUUACCGCUGCCUUGUGGAACACACAGAUAUAAUGAUGCCCAUUGUUUACACUCCUACUGUAGGAAAAGCCUGCCAACUGUAUGGCACUAUCUACAGAAAACCCAGAGGUCUGUUUCUGUCCAUUAAUGAUAGAGGACAUCUCUAUGAGAUGAUUUGCAAUUGGCCUGAGCUUGAUGUUAAGGCAGUUGUGGCUACAGACGGGGAGAGGAUCUUAGGUUUGGGUGACCUUGGGGCCUAUGGGAUGGGAAUUCCUGUGGGUAAACUGGCCCUCUAUACCGCCCUCGGGGGCAUUCCUCCAGAGCAGCUCCUACCUGUUAUGUUGGAUGUGGGUACAAAUAAUGAGGCUUUGUUGAAUGACCCACUGUACAUUGGAUUGCGUCAGAAGAGAGCUACUGGUCAAGUUUACGAUGAUUUUAUUGAUGAAUUUAUGGAGGCAGUAAGAAAAAGGUAUGGCCAAGAUACACUUGUCCAAUUUGAAGACUUUGGGAACCACAAUGCUUUCAGAUUCCUGGAGAAAUACAGAGACAAGUUCUGCAUGUUUAAUGAUGAUAUCCAAGGGACAGCGUCAGUGGCAGCAGCCGGAGUUUUCGCCUCCCUAAGAAUCACGGGCAGACAACUCAGGGAUAAUGUGUUCCUCUUCCAGGGGGCGGGGGAGGCCAAUUUAGGUAUUGCCACCCUGCUCUCCCUAGCCAUGCAGGAAGAGGGAGCAAGUAAAGAGGAAGCGGACGGUAAAAUGUGGCUGGUGGACUCCAGGGGUCUGCUCGUUAAGGACAGGCCAAAGGGUGGAAUCACAGGACACAAGGCAGUCUUUGCUAAGGAUCACCCUCCAGUGGACACGCUAGAACAGGCAGUAAAAACAGUCAAGCCUACCGCUAUUAUAGGGGCAGCUGCAGUACCUGGUGCUUUUACAGAGGGCAUUGUUAGAGACAUGGCAGCAUUUAAUGAACGUCCAAUCAUAUUCGCUCUUAGUAACCCAACAAGUAUGUCGGAAUGCUCCGCUGAGGAUGCUUAUAAAUGGAGCGACGGCAGAUGUGUGUUUGCCAGUGGAAGUCCCUUUGACCCAGUACUUAUUGAUGGCAAGGUCAUGGUCCCGGGUCAAGGAAACAAUGCUUAUAUUUUCCCUGGAGUGGCACUGGCAGCCAUUACAUGUGGAAUCCGCCAUAUCUCAGAGAAAGUGUUCCUAACAGCUGCUCAGACCUUGGCGGGAUUAGUGACAGAAGGUGACCUUGCUGAAGGUCGCGUGUACCCACCACUGAAGACAAUCCGAGAGUGCUCCAUCCAGAUCGCCACGUCUAUUGCGGAGGAAGUGUAUAAGGAGAAAAUCGCCUCAUACUACCCCGAGCCAGAAGAUAAAAUGGCGUUUAUUCGGGAGAAUAUCUACUCUACGGAUUACGAAUGCUUCGUCCCGGAGACCUGGGAUUGGCCAAAACCAGAAGAAAAAUAAAUGUAAACAUUUUAGGUUAACAAUUUAAGAAAAAAUUUAUUUAUAAAAAAUUGAAGAAUUACCUAGACCUGUGAAGGGGAAAGCACAGUGUUAUUAGUUUAUGUUUAUUUGUUUCUAUCCACCGUGGUUUCAAAUUUGUUGAAGGAAAUAAUAUAAUUGUUGUUGAUAUUGUUUUGCAAUGUAUUUCUUAGUUCUUACAAUAUACUCCUUUGUCAUAACUGUUUCAAACUCAACUUACAACAUAUCUAUGGUUUCAUUGACUUGGUUUGCUUGUGCUGUGAUUAGUUCCAUAACAACAAUAUUGCUGGUGAUGAUGUAAGAUUUAUUUAAAGUAUACAUGUAGAAUAAUUUAACAAAAGUUUCCAUUCAUAUAUAUUUUUUGAAGAGUUCAUCUUUAGUGACAUGUUUGAAAUGCAUUACUGUGACCAGAGAACAAUAUGUCUGUGUAAACAAUUUGUUUGAAUUAUUUUAGUACCAGAUAUGCUUACCAUGUAUUUGUUUUCUAUAUAUGUACCAUGCUAAAUGUCUUUUUGCUUUUAUGUGUUUCAAUUUUUAUCAAACUUCCGCGACCAUCUGACAUACUGUUCUGGCAUAAUUUUACUCGAGCAUCAGUCAAAAUAAAUAAUUUUUUUCUAUUAUUAAAAGAUCUGAGAUGCUGGUAUUCUGAGAACUCUGCAUAAUGAUUCAAGUUAGGUCAUUUUCUCUUUAUAUUCAAAAUUCAAGUUUUGUAAAUCUAACUAAAUUAUGUGUGUCCAGAUUUUGUGAAUACCGGUUUACAUGUAAUAUGAAGCAAUUUCUGUGUCUGUAGAUGAUUCUUGUUAAUUGUCAUUUAAGAAUGUAACAAAUUAACAAUGUGUAUAUAUAUGCAUGUUUUAGUUUAUGUCUAUUUAAUAGAUAGAUGUACUUUGAAGAAUAAGAUACACAUUAAACAAUAUGUAUUUACAAUAUAUUAACAGGAUACAAUCAGAAGGAAUAUGACAAACAUGUGUAUUGAUUUUUUUUCUAAGUUAUUAUUAAUUCAAGCACUGCCAAAGUGAUCGCCAAACUAACAUUGGUGUCAAGGGAUAUAAAAGCCAAGUACUAAUUUUAUAUUUACUAAAAAUUGGGCCAAAUAGGUCAAAAUAAAAAUGAAAGUUAAAUGUUAUACAUGAUUAAAUGAAAUUUAUCCCUCUGAGCAAUCUCAUUCUGACAAACAAAAUGAACAAAAAUAAAUUUCAUUGUAGGGAGUAAAGAAAAAAUUAUGAACAUAUAACUGUCUUCUAGCAUGUAUUUUACACUUUCCUGAUUUGUAUGUCUGUGUGUAGAAUUCAGUAGUAGAUUAGCUGUAUCAUUCUACUGAUAGUAUGACAAGAACUGAGUGAGACUGGCUGUUGGAAGGCAAUAGAAGGACAAAAAUUUACAUUCAGUAUUCCCAGGACAUCUUUCUCAGUAUUAAGGUACUACUAACCUUAACAUUGGCUGUUAUCUAACACCCACAGGAUCAACUACUGUAGGAAUCUCACUACGAUUUGUUAGUAUUGUAUUAGUGUUACUGACUUUUAACAUUUUUUUUUCUUUUGGUGAGUAGUUAAUUAAUUAGCCAUUAAUCUGAAUCAAAUGUAAAUCCUGUAUCAUUUUAUAAGAGUGAUUUUUUCCUUAUUAAAAAGUGUUAAAAUUUAGCAAUAUAUUACUGAGAAACUAUAUUUUGUGACUGCACUGAUUCUUGGUUAUAAAUAUAUGUAGGCCUUGGUAAAAGCAAGUAAAUCUUAAGAUUUUUAUGAGGGUGAUAGGGGUAUGGAAUGAUUACAUGUUCUUUGUGUUUUAGAGUGUUAUUAGGUUGUAGUGUUUUGUUGUAUUGUCCAUAUAUAUGUUGAAUUAUUUAAACAUAAGACCCCACAGCAUUAUGUGAACUGGAGAAUAAUUUGAACCUCAUUCAACCAGUAAGCAAGUACAGUCAAAUUUUCAUUAUCUCAAACUCGAUGGGACCUAUGAAAAACUUUGAGAUAUCUGCUGAAUCAAGAUAUCAAGGGUGAAAUACUUAAAGAAUAAGUUGCUGGGAAUUUCAAAUCACUUUGACAUAUCCAUGGUAUUUGAGAUAUCGAUGUUCGAGAUACUGAAGUUGAACUGUAAUUUUUUGUAAUCAUACAAGACUUGCUUCCAGUUUUGUAGAUGUCGCACUCAUUUGCACUGUCAGCUUUUUGUUGGGUUUGUUUUGAAUAACAUGGAAACACGGUUCUUUAAAUACAUGUACAUGAAUAAGUAUGAAUUUUACUAUGAAGGAAAACAGCUUUAUAAGAAAUUGAAUGAUAAGAAAAGAAAUUGUACACCUUAACUAAUGUUGAUAUUUCCAUUGCUCCAUUAAUAUUCACAUAUGUUGAGUAAAUUAAAAAGAACUUCAAUGUUAGUUUUUGAAAUGCCUUUACAAUAUUUACAAUUUUUCUUAUUUCUGUUGUUUUUAUUUUUUUGUAAGGUUUUGUUGUUUUAUCAGAAUAAUACAGAGACAGUGCUUAUUUUAGUGCUUCUUUAAGGAUAACAAAAAAAAAUUUCUUGUUUUUCUUGCCUUGUAAAUUAGUCAUCACUUUAUAUAGCCACAGGGAUUGUUUAAAAAGAAAUAGAACUUAGAAUGGUCAUGUGUUGUGAACAUAAAUAUAAAUCAUGAGAAAAAAACCAAUUGAUUUUAUUUAAGGGUACUAGAGGAUAAAGUUCAGAUAAGAUUAUUGUUGACAUUUGCAAAUUGCUUAGUUUUGUAAUAAAACACAAAGCUUAUA